ACCUUUCGGCCGAGGUAGAAGCAACAAGUAUUGCUAGCAUAAGGACUGCCGACUGAUUUAAUUUAAUUCUAGUGUUAAAAUCCCCGCCAACAUGGGGCCUAGUUUAAGUUGGAACAUUUUUUGUGUUCUUCUAGUAGUUUCCGUUUUAUGGAAACCAGCGUAUACUGAUGAUAGGUGCAAUGUUGGGUGCCAAGGAUCCCCCUCCGGCCCGACUUUCCUCAACGGCCACAAGUACAACUACGGCGUCGAAGGCACCGUCUCCAUCUACCUGACCGGUGCUGACAAACAGGAGACCAGCGUCAAGCUUCUCGGCCAAGUCUCUGUGGCUGCUCUGGGCAACUGUGCCCAUGUACUGCGAGUUCAGAACUUGGUCAUCUCUGGGCCUGAUGGCAAGAAAUACAACAAGCCCCCCGGCCUCGAGAAGCCAGUGCGCUUCACGCUGCAGGACGGCCGAGUCGGAGCCGAGAUCUGCGCUGAAGAGGGUGACACCCGCCGCUCCCUUAACAUUAAGAGGGCCAUUAUCUCUCUGCUGCAGACCGAACAGAAGUCUUCUAGCCAGGUUGACGUAUUCGGUGCUUGCCCCACUGACGCCUCGUCCUCCCAAGAAGGUGGCGCCGUAUUGGUGCACAGGACUCGUGACCUCUCUCGCUGUACUCACCGCGAGCAGGGACAGAAUAGCCCGGUCUAUGCCGUCGCUAGUGACAACGCUCAAAUCGCCGAUACCCAAGUGCUCCAAUCCAUCCUCAACGUAGAAUCGAAGGUCAACAACGGAGUCCCCGAGAAAGUCUCAGCCACUGAAGAAUACUUGUACCGUCCCUUCUCCGUUGGCGAGAAUGGUGCCCGCUCCAAGGUCCACACUAAACUGACUCUGACCGGAAAAUCAGCUGGAGCCGACGCUGGUGCCUUCACCCAAGUCCGCACCAUCAUCUUCGAAAACCCACAUGGUGUUGUCUCUGACCAGAGCAACUACCAAGCCGCUUUGGCUCAAGUCAAGGAAACCGCGAAGUCUUGUGGACCUGAGGCCAGCUCUAAGUCUGCUGGCAACUUCGCUCAGCUCGUCAGGAUCUUGAAGCCUACCAGCAAGGAUGACCUGGUCAAGAUCUUCAACGCCGUUAAGGGCAACAGCUUGGAGAAGCGCGUCUUCAUCGACGGUCUCCUCCGUACUGGAACCGGCAACAGCAUCGAAGCUUCCAUUCAGAUCCUCAAGCAGAAGGAGUUAGAUGACCUGGAGCAGCAGAUCGUCUUCCUGUCCCUUGGCAAUGCCAAACACGUUAAUACUGAAGCACUGAAGGCUGCUACUUCUCUCUUGGACAUCCCGAACAUCCCCAAGGACACGUACCUCGGCGUCGGCGCGCUGGCUGGCUACUACUGCCGCAGCCACGACUGCCACCACAGGAAGAAUGACGGCAUCAUCGCCUUGAGCACCAAGCUGGCUGGCAAGCUCGGCGGAUGCAAGGCCAAGAGCAAGGCUGAGGAAGACACUAUUGUAGCCGUCCUGAAGGGUAUCCGCAACAUCAGACAUUUGGAAGAUGUCCUCAUCGACAAAAUUGUGCACUGCGCGGUUGACCCCACCGUCAAGAACAGGGUUAAGGCUGCCGCCCUCGAGGCCUUCCAGGCUGACCCUUGCUCUGCUAAGAUCAAGAAGACCGCAUUGGACCUGCUGAAGAACACCCAGUUGGACUCCGAGAUCCGUAUCAAGGCUUACCAGGCCGUCAUCGACUGCCCCUGCGGCAAGUCUGCCUCUGAAAUCAAGAAGCUUUUGGACAACGAGCCUGUUCACCAAGUCGGCCGCUACAUCACGUCCAGCCUGCGACACAUCCGCGCGUCAGCCAACCCUGACAAGCGUCACGCCCGCGAACACUACGGCCAGAUCCGUACUCCCAACCGUUUCAACGUCGAUGACAGGAAAUACUCCUUCUACCGCGAAGCCUCCUACAACAUCGAUGCCCUCGGCGUCGGCGGCAACGUUGAGCAGAGCGUCAUCUACUCGCAGAACUCCUUCUUACCCCGCUCCGCUAGCCUGAACCUGACUACUGAGGUCUUCGGACACAACUUCAACCUUCUCGAGCUCGGAGGUCGUCAAGGCAACCUGGACCGCGUGGUGGAACACUUCCUAGGACCCCGCAGCUUCCUCCGCACCGAGGACCCUCAAUCCCUUUACGAUGACCUGAAGAAGAGGUUCAAGGAAACAGAGGACAAGAUCAACCACGGUGUGCGUGGACGCCGCUCCAUCAAGACCGAGAUCGACAGCUUUGACAACCGCGUAAAGGCUGAAUCUAACUCCUACCACAACGAAUUGGACCUGGACAUCUACGUCAAACUUUUCGGUACCGACGCCGUCUUCCUAUCCCUUGGCGACGACAAGGGCUUCGACUUCAACCACGUUCUCGACCAACUCGUCCACUCGCUCAGCGAUGGCAUCAACAAGGUUAAGCACUUCCAGAAGGAAAUCCACGCCAACGCUCUCUUCUUGGACGCCGAGCUUGUCUACCCGACCUCCACCGGUCUCCCUCUGAGACUCGACCUCAUCGGUGCCGCCACUGCUCGUGUCGAUAUCGCCACCAAUGUUGACAUCCGCCAAAUCCUCCGUAACCCUGAGAGCGCUAAAGUCGACAUCAAGCUUGUGCCCAGCACUGACAUCGAAAUCUCCGGAUUGUUCCUUGUCGACGCUGAUGCCGUCACUACUGGUCUUAAGGUUAUUACCAACCUGCAUUCAUCUACUGGUGGACACAUCAUCGCUAAAGUGCUUGAGAACGGACACGGUAUCGACCUGCAGUUCGCUCUUCCUAUUGACAAGCAGGAAAUCCUGACCGCUUCCAAUGACUUAGUUUACUACACUGCUGAGAAGGGACAACAGGAGAAACAUAUCCCGAUCAAGAUCGACGCUGACAGGAAGGACUACAGUGGAUGCUUCGACCAGUUGUCUGGCCUCAUUGGUCUCACUUUCUGCGGAGAGGUUUCCGUGCCUUUCACUGUUUCUGGACCCGAGGCUCAAAACUCGAUCUCCAAGUUCCUCGCCCGCUAUCCUUUGACUGGAGCAUCCAAGGUCAAACUUGUCAUUGAAAAGAACGACCUCCGCGGUUACCACAUCAAGGGUAUCGUGCGCGGUGACAACCCUGAACGCCGAAGCUUUGAGCUGCUCUUCGAGGCUGAAGGUGGCAAGACGCGUCGCGCUCAGGUGUCUGGAGAACUUAUCAACAACCAACAAGAAAAGACUAUUAAACUGGCUCUGGACUCUCCCAUCAAGAAGGCUGGUGGUCAAGUUUCGAUCUACACCAAGCCCAGCGAAUAUGUUCUGCUGGUGAAAGCCAACUUGGACAACGAAAAUUACUACGCUCGUGCCGGCUUCAAUGUCCAAGGAAACGAGCAGCGCAGCGUAUUCAAGCCUGUUGCCGAAUACGAAUUGCCUGGUGGUAAGGGCAAGCAAUCUUUGAAGGUUGACGGACAAUUAGUCAGAGAAGUUAACGGACCCAAAUCGAAAUACACGCUUGAAGGCAUUAAGAUCAACAUGCCUGGCAACGAGGUUGUCGAUAUCGCCGGACACUACGUUCAUGAGCCCCACAGCUGCGAAAUUGACCUGAAGGCCAAGAAGGGAGAGCACCACAUUAUCUUGGGCGGUGCUUUGAAGGGCCACGACUUCAAACUCGAAUUCCAGAACACUUUGAACGCUUACGUGAACUUCAAGGCUAGCGGACACUCUGAAUGGAGCGAAUCUGUAGUCCAUAACGACCUUGACCUGGUGUACGGUGGAGACUUGCGCGACCAGCGUAACCGCGUCACCUUCAACCAGCUCUUGAAACACCACACCAAGCCUUCAGAGUUCAGCGUGAUCACCAAGAACAAAUUCGAAGUCCACGCUUUGCCCAUCAAGGUGAAACUGGACGGUGAAGUUGACCCUAAGAAGGUCGACAUUGUGAUCGAAGGCCAGUACAUGGACAAGAAGGCCGAAUUCGAACUAGAAGCUAGAACUCAGAUCAAACACCCUGGAGACUACAGCGUCAAACUUAUCGCCAGCGCUGACAAGAACGGUAUCGAGGUCUUCGCUAAGCGUGACAUCGUCUCCGCUGACAAGUCUAACUUGGAGAAUUACAUCGUUGUCAAGAACAUCGGCAAAUACGAGCUUUCUGGAGUUGUCACCCACAAGAACAAGCCUAAUGACGUGCAUCUUGGAGCUGUUGGUCAUUUGAAGAUUGCUGGUGGUGGCAAGAAUGAAGACAUUACAUUCGACCUCGGAGUAAUCGACAACAGCAACUUAUACUCAUCCCACGCCAAGGUUGCCUACUCAAAGGGCGCCAUCCUCGACUGGCUUCUCAAGGUCACCAAGGGAGCCAACUCCAAGGGAGAGCUGAAACUCCUCCUCAAGGACACGAUCAGUGCUAACGGUCAAUACGCUGUCACCGACGCCGAUGGCAAGGGUAACGGAGCCCUGUUGGUUGACUUCAAGAACCUUGGCCGCAAAAUUAAGGCUGAUGCCAAGUUCCAAGUGAAGAACCCAGUGUACAAUGCUGAUGUUGAUGUGUUCUUGAACUUCGAGAAGGACAACAAAGACAAGGUUUCGUUCUCAACCAAGACGAAGACUACUGAGAAGCUGGUUGACUCCAAGAACAAACUGGACUACGCCGGCAAGAGGACCGAACUAAACGUGAACGUGAACAACGAUAUCAACGCCCAGGCGGCUGGCAAGACCGCGGCGCUGAUUGAGAUCGUCCUCCCUACUGAGAGGGUGCUGAGCUUGAAACUCGACCGUGACAUCACUAUUAAGGAUGAUGUGUACAACGGCCACGCCGCGAUCGUCCUUGCUGACGCAGUUAAACGCGGAGGAGCAGCGUCCGAAAUCAGCUACAAGUCUAAACUGAACAACUGUAACUUCAAGAAGGACAUCUACCACUACGAGGGAGAGCUUGGUUUGUCCCUCAAGGACGGCAAGCAGCUUAAGAACACGUUCUUCAUUAAGAACCAAAUGUCUGGUGACAAGGGCAAACUGGAACUCAAGUCUGACGUGAACGGCAACCUGAUCGCUCACCCAGCAUCACUGUCUGGAAGCAUCGACUACACCAACCCUGACUCCAUUGAGGGCGCUAACAACUACAGACUCAAGGGUACCUAUGGCAACGACAUCGGUUUCGAUCUGGACGGCAAAUUCGAGCUUCAAGUCACCGGAGAAGGCGAUAAGAAAUACCUCGACGAGGGUACUCUCAGCUUCCGUCUACCCUUCGAGAAGGCCCACGACAUCAAGAUCGUUUCCAACUGGCUCUGGCUUGUGCCUCAGAGCAAGAGUGUGUACCUCGAAUACUCUUCAGUCCAGUCGAUCCAAGUGAACGCUGAUGUGUACAAGUUCGAUGCCAACGGAAAAAUUGGACCUAAGAACGGUGCCACUAAAGUCAAGGUUUUGGUGCCCCAUGUCGACCCUCUGAGUCUGGAUUUCAACUACAAGGCUGACUUGGAAGGUGAGAAGAAGACCGGAAGCGCCGAAAUAAAGGCCACUUACGGAAAGGGCAAGACCGCAAACAUUGCUGUAGAUGCCUCUGCUGCACAGAAGGAAUACACUGUCAAGAUCAGGGCCAACACUCCACAGAACGAGAAGUUCAAGAAACUGGAACUUAGCGUCAACUCAAAGAACCCGUCUCCUGAUACAUUCAACUCCAUUAUCAUCGUGGAUGCUGACGGCCGCGUCUACAAGACAGAGUCCGUAGUUGUCUACUCCAAAUCUCACCCAUUGGUGGACGUCAAGUACACUAACCCUCACAGCCAGAAGCCUAGCAGGAUCUACCUUAAGGGAGAAUACCCCAACCAGCACCAAGGCAAGGCUGAAAUCAAGGUCGAGAACAUCAAGGACGUCAGCUUCGACAUCGUUUCUGAAGCUCAAAUCCAGAACAACGACAUCAACCUCAAGACUUUGGCCAACUCUGAUGCUCUCGGAUGGAAGAACUACAACGUCCAGAUUGUCAGCAAGGAUGCUGGCAGCGGCAAGCGUCUUGAGUUCCACGCUACCAACGCUGGAAAGAACAUCCUUAGUGGAAGCACCUCGUUCAUCAGCAAACAGGAAGGCCCGAAGACCAUCAUUGAAGGUUCUGGAUCCGUGAAGGUUAAGGAUGAGCAGAAGUCCGCUAACUUCAAGUACAUCCGUACUCUUCUGACUGAAGGCAACGAACAGGGAGUUGAGACUUUCCUGAACCUGGCUAUCGGGGAGCGCAGCUACGUGGCUGAGUCCCGCGUCACCAACCUGGAGUACAAGAACUCUUACGUCUACUGCGAGGAGAAGAAGCAGUGCGCCAACGCUGAGCUGCACUCCAAGAUCAACGUACAGAAACCCGGAGUCUUCCAACACACCUUCAACCUCGGCGUCGACCUCCGCAAGCUAGGCUUCGCUCCCGAGUUCGGUCUGCAGAUCAACAACGAGGUCUCUGAGCGCAAGCUGCCUCAGUACAGCCUGGACCUCCACAUCAACAAGGAGGAUAAGAAGUACCAUCUGCAUGUGUACAGCACUCCUGACCAAGGCAAAUACCCCGCCGGCGUGACCCUGACCCUCCCGACCCGCGUGCUCGCGCUCGAGUCCAUCAUCUCCUACCCCACGGACAAGGCCCUGCCCUUCCCCAUCCAAGGUCACAUCGAGCUCCACCCAGACAAGAACAAGCCCCAGCACAAGGCCGCUGCCAGGUUCCGUGUGGAUGUUACUGGUGCUGACAAGUCACAUAACGCUAUUGCUGAGUUGGGCUUCAGUCAUCCAAAAUUGGGCAAGGAGGCCGUCAUCAAAAUCAAGGGAGGUCUCCACACCCCGGCCGAGAACACCGUCAAAUUCGAGUCUUCUGCUUCCAUCUCUCACCCUACUCUUGGCAACGACCGCGAAUCUAAGGUCCUCUUGGAAGCCAGCCCUACUCUCGUCAAGCUGCUGAUUGACACUCCUCUCGUCAAGGUCAUCGACCUGGAAGCCAAGUCCGAACUGAAGGACAACCUGCAAAAGGGAGACCUGAAAUUCAGCGUGCUGCAGGGCAAACCUGUGCUGGCUCGCUUCAUUGUCCAAGAUUUCCAGUACUACGAGUUCACUACUGGCUACAGUGACGACAACGGCCGCAGACUGACCGUGGUCGGCCACAUCCAGCCCGAGAAGCGAGUGGACAUCAGCGCUGACAUCGUGCUGCCGAACCAGAAGAAGAACAUCAUCCACGGCGCCUUGUACCUCGACGGCAACCUCGUCAAGAGCGAGUAUGGCGUGUCCAAGGAAAACUUCAACUACUUCGUGAAUGCCCUGAAGAACGACCUGACUACUCUGGAGAACCGUAUCAAGGAUCUCGGAGAGAAGGCCAGCAAGGACUUCAAGGAAACGCUCAAGCGCAUCGAACCCACCGCUAAGAACAUUGAGAAAUCCCUCGAGGAGGAGCUUUCCAAACUCAACCAGGAGAUCGCUAACGACAAGGUGCUGAAGGAGACCUUCCACUAUUUGGGAGAAAUCUACGUCAUCAUCGCUAAAACCAUCGAAGAAAUCAUCAAGAGCACCAAACCCUUGGUCGACCAGACUUAUGCUACCCUGAAGGAAACUUGCGACAAGAUUGAGGCUAUGUACGAGAAGAACAUCGAGCCCCAGCUGAAACAGCUGUACCAGACCGCUGCAGCCCUGGUCCGCGAAUACCUGGACGGCCUCAUCGACCUGGUGGCCCACUUCGCUGCCCUGGUCACCGACUUCUUUGAGAAGCACAAGGCUGAGCUGCAAGAGCUGACCAACACCAUUGCUGAGAUUUUCAAGGACCUGACCCGUCUGGCCGUGGCUCAGCUCAAGGAGUUCCGCGUCAGAGCUGGAGAGAUCGUCAGCGCCAUCACCCAACAGAUCAAGGACUUGCCCUUCGUUCAGAGCCUCAAAGAAAGCUGGCAAGAGCUGGCUGUGCCCGACCAGGUCAUCGGUCUCCUGAACAACGUCUACAACGCCAUCCAAGACGUCGUCCCCACUCCCGAAGCCAAGGCCUUCGUUGAGGCACUACACAACUAUGUGCAGAAGAAACUCAAGCAAGAGAAAUGCGACGACGCCAAGGAGAUCCGCCAGAUUUACGAGAAGUUCGCCGUGGCCCUGACGUCGCUGGUUCAGUUCGUGCGCAGCCGCGUCAACGCUGCUGGCGUGCCCGGCAUCGUCAACCUUAACCCGACCGCCUUCUUCACCGCCCCCGGCCGCUUCUCCACACCCUCCAUCUCCGGCGUGGCUUCCUUCAGCCUCCUCAACCAGUUCCUGCGGGGAGACGUACCUGACGCCCUCGCCCUGCUCAGGGCCUACCGCCCACGCAGCCUGAACCCGCUUGACGAGAUCCCGGCUAAGCUCCGCGCCGUCGUGGUCAACGGCCAACACAUCUUCACCUUCGACGGCCGCCACCUGACCUUCCCCGGCUCAUGCCGCUACGUUCUCGCCCACGAUUUCGUCGACAGGAACUUCACGCUAGCUAUUCAGCUGCAGAACGGCAACCCGAAGGCUCUUAUCCUGGAACACCAGGACGGCAAGUCCAUUGAGCUGAAGGAGAACGGACAGGUUAUCUACAACGGCGCUGCUCAUGGCUUCCCAGUCUGGGAGAAGGAUGUCUACGCCUACAAGAUGGCCAACGGCCGCAUCGGCGUCGGCUCUAGCUACGGAAUCCAGGCUAUCUGCACCAGCAAACUGCAGGUGUGCUACAUCGAGGUAUCUGGCUUCUACCUGGGCAAACUCCGCGGUCUUCUCGGAGAUGGUAACAACGAGCCCUAUGACGACUUCAGGCUACCCAACGGCAAGAUCACCACCUCGGAGAGCGAAUUCGGCAACGCCUACAAACUGGCCUCCUCCUGCCAGCCUGUGAAGACCCCUGAGCAUUCCGCUCACCAGCACCACGCUGCCCUCCCGGCCGCUUGUGAGACAGUAUUCGGAGGAGCUUCCCCUCUUCGCCCGCUGUCGAUUGUGCUUGAUGCUGCUCCAUUCAGACAAGCCUGCAUCCACGCCGUCACCGGUGACGGAGCCAACGCCCUACACCAAGCCUGCGACCUUGGACGCGGUUACGCCGUCCUUGCCCUCACUGGCCUUCUCCCCGCUGUUCUGCCACCAGCGUGCGUCCAGUGCACUGACGCUGACAAACCCAGGGCCAUUGGAGAGAGCUACGAACUGAAGGUUCCGAAGAAACAGGCUGAUAUUAUUGUCACCUUUGAGACCACCAAGCCCACCGAAAAGAGCUACAAGGAGCUGGCCGUACCGUUAGUGUCCCAGCUGGUCGACACCCUGAAGGCCAAGAAGAUCGAUGACAUCAAGAUCUACCUGACUGGAAUCACUCCUCAGAUCCCGUACCCUGUCGUUUAUGACACCGAUCUGAAACUGAAGAACCCCAAGGUUCAGUUCAAUGACGAGAGCCGCGCGGAGCACAUCAAGCACAUCGUCACUGGCUGCGAGAAGGUCGACCAAGCCCAGAGGAUCGUCCUGGACCUCAUCGAGGACUUCAGACGAUUGUUCGGUCUCACCAACGUGGUGGCUGGAUACCACUCAGUGCUGGAUCUUCCUCUGCGCCCUGGUGCCGUCAAGCACGCCAUCAACGUUGUUGGAGAACACUGCAAGCCUGGUGAUAUUCUGCUCCGCUUCUUCCAAAACCAAGCCUUUAACACGAUCUUCGCCGAAAACGCCUACACUCAUACCCUGAUCACCGUGACCGAAGGUCUCCAGAUCGGCGGUGGCAAGAGCCCCGACCAGAUCGUAGGAUGGACUGAUGAUGCCGUGCUGCUGCUUGGAGACAAGAAGCAGAGCCGAGAGUCUGAGCAGCUUAGACAGAGCUUGGACAUCCGUAGGGACUCUUGCAUUGAGUUCGCUGAAUCGACGGACGGCAUCGUACUCUCAUCCACCAACUACUUGAAGCUGAACCCAGGCCAGCAGAAGCAGUACCUCCAAACAGCCGCUGGCGUCAUCACGCAUAAACUCCUCUCGGAGAAUCUCAUCCAGGACUGUACCUGUGGAUACGCUGAUCCGUUCCUCGCCCGGUCCUUCUGUGUCAACAAGAGCAGGAAGGAAGCUGCCCGCAGAAGAAAGUAGAGCGACACAAAUCUAGUGCUACCGACCAAAUUCUAGAUCUACUCAGUCAUCCUGUUAGUCCAUAAAUUAUUAGUCAAUCAUAGAGUAUAGAAAGAAAGAAUAUUACCUAUUUAAAAAAUAAGUGCCAUAAAUUUUUAUGAAAAUAUGACAUUUAUAAUGACAAUAAAACUUUUUGCUGUGUUUCUUUGAGAAGGAAGCUUAUUAUAGAAUGAAAUGAGUUGAUGAAAUUGAGUCUACCAUAAAAUCGAUGUUUAUAUUGUGUAUAUUGUUAUAAUUAUUUAAAAUAUAUCUCUUUUUCUCUACUCUGUGACGUGUCAGGUGUCAGGCAGUCUUUAUUUAUCAAUGCCGGUUAUUCUGAUGGUAUUACCAGCUUGACAUUGUAUUAGAAUAAUAAAACAAUAUGUUACAA